AUGACCGCUGCCGGAAAUUCAACGCUGAACGCCGAGCCCGAACCAACGUCGAAGCCGCAGAGGCCCGGUAUGCCUCGCUUCACGACCAGCAAAGAGAAUGUGCUUUCAACGUUCUUCAUCGGCGCAAUCGAUCAGGGUACGACAAGCUCUCGUUUUAUCAUUUUCGACGGCACCGGACAACCAGUCACUUCGCAUCAGCACGAGUUCCAGCAACACUAUCCCGAGUCGGGCUGGCACGAGCACGACCCCUACGAGCUGGUUGGUAGUGUGAGGAACUGUAUACGCAAAGCCUCGCAGUCCUUCAAAGAGAUUGGACAUGAUAUCGAAGACAUCAAAGUCGUGGGUCUCACCACGCAACGAGAGACGACCCUUGUGUGGGAUGUUGAGACGGGCGAGCCAUUGCACAACGCCAUUGCGUGGCCUGACACUAGAACCAAGGGCUUGGUCAGAGAACUGAAAGAGAAGGAGAAAGCAGAGGGCUUCAAUAUCGCAGAGAUCACUGGCAUGCCUUUGUCCACAUACCCGUCAGCUGUGAAGCUCGUUUGGCUGUUGCGGAACGUUCCAAAGGUGAAAGAGGCGUAUGACGCUGGCAAACUUGCGUUCGGGACGGUCGAUACUUGGCUGCUGUACAACUUGAACGGCAAAGAGAAGGGUGUCUUCGUCACGGACAGCACCAAUGCCUCGCGAACGAUGUUCGUGAAUCUGCACACUGUCAAAUACGACCCUAAGCUGCUUGAAUUCUUCGACAUUGACAUCAACAAGAUCCACCUACCUCGCAUUUCGCCCUCUUCUGACGCCGAAGCUUAUGGCAGGAUCUCGUCUGGACCGUUGAUGGGUAUGAAGAUUGCGGGAUGUUUGGGAGACCAGUCCGCUGCGCUUGUGGGUCAGCAAGGCUUCACUCCUGGAUGCGCAAAGAACACUUACGGAACUGGUUGUUUCUUGCUGUAUAAUGUAGGCGAAAAGCCCGUCAUCUCGAAGCAUGGCUUGCUCGCUACGAUUGCGUACGAUUUUGGCAGGCACCGAAAACCUGUUUACGCGCUCGAGGGUUCUAUUGCUGUAGCAGGCUCAGGUGUCAAAUUCUUGAUGAACAACAUGGGCUUCAUCACUCACUCUCACAAGAUCUCAGAUUUGGCAGCAUCCGUGGAAGACAACGGCGGUCUCGUCUUCGUAACCGCGUUCUCGGGCUUGUUCGCUCCAUACUGGAUCGACGAUGCAAAGGGCACCAUCUUCGGUAUUACACAACAUACCCAGCGGGGUCACAUCGCACGAGCUACCUUGGAAGCCACAUGCUUCCAAACCAAGGCCAUCCUGGACGCCAUGGAGAAGGACAGCGGCCACCACCUCUCAGAUCUGGCGGUGGACGGCGGUAUGUCCAACUCCAAUCUAUGCAUGCAGACCCAAGCGAACAUCAUCGGCAUCCCCGUCGAUCGUCCGGACAUGCACGAAACGACGUCUCUCGGCGCUGCUAUUGCGGCUGGAUUCGCGGUGGACAUAUGGAGGGAGUUCGACGAGCUCAAAGCCAUCAACCAGAAGGGCCGCAAGCUCUUUACCCCGGAUAUCACGCCAGAAGAGUCGGACAAGAUGUUCAAGAAGUGGGCGAGGGCCGUGGAGAUGUGUAGAGGGUGGUUGGAUCCUGAGGAGAGCGGGGGUGAUUUCUAG